AUGGGCUGUUAUUUUCCUCUCUUCAUCAUCACGCAUGCAGCCAUCCUCUUCCUUUUCCCAUCCUCUCCACCUAUCACCACCGUCGCCGGAAAACCAAAUUCGUCCACUCAAACCUGCCACGACAACCCUUUGGUAACCGCCGUCUGCGAAAACGUCACGCGAACCACCGGCUACGAAUUCUGCUGCGCCACCUUCUUCAACGACAGUGGGGCCCCCACCGACACCAACAUCGACCUCGCCUACAUAGCCUUCCGCACGACCUACGCCAAGGCCAUCGACUUACUAAAUCAAAUCCUCCCGAUGAUCCCUAAAAGGAACACAAAUGAGUUAGCUGCCAUGCGGAAGUGUGCGGGUGAUUACAACCUAACCCUGUUGGCCCUGGCCACGGUGCUCGAGGACCUCGACUCCGAUACUUAUGAAGAAUUCGAUGUGCUGGCGCUUUACGCGCAAGGCAACGUUAGCUCGUGCGACAGACUUUUGAGUCGUGCUUCGUCAUCGUCGUCGUCUGCAGUUGUCCGACAAAUUAGGGAUGAGAGUGGGGUCGUUAUGAAGCUUGUUGAUAUUUGUUGCGUUGUGGCUCGGCUGUUUCAAUAUGCGGGGUAG